UCGUCAGAAACGUGAUUUUAGACGAAAUUGUUGUGGUUACUUCUAUGAAUUCUUUAUGUUUAUGAUGAUUAAAUGUCUACAGUGUUACAUAUAUUUAUACAUGACAUAAGAAAUUAAUACUGAUUUAAUUGAUUUUUAACUUUAGACCGAUACUUUCAUAACUGAAAGAGAAAUAUAAAAUGACAGCUAAUUCAAAUCGAUUCUCAAUUGUUAAUGGAAGUGGAAUCGGGGAACAAGAUCAAGAUGCUAAUUCUGCUUUAACUGAAUUAGAUAAAGGUUUACGUUCUGUUAAAGUUGGUGAGCAAUGUGAAGCAAUUGUCAGAUUUCCUCGUCUUUUUGAAAGAUAUCCAUUUCCUAUUUUAAUUAAUUCAGCUUGUCUAAAACUUGGUGAUGUUUUUCGUUUUGGAUCAAAUUUUUUGAGAGUUCUUAUAUUUAAAGUAAUGCAGCAAAGUCAAAAACAUUUAGAUAAGAUAUUAAAUAUUGACGAAUUCGUUCGAAGAAUUUAUUCUGUUAUUCAUAGUAAUGAUCCAGUUGCAAGAGCUAUGACUUUGAGAACACUCGGAAGUAUUGCUAGUGUGGUUGCCGAAAAGAAAGAUAUUCAUCAUAGCAUUCGAAACAGUUUAGAUUCUCAUGAUGCAGUGGAAUUGGAAGCAGCAAUUUAUGCAUCUGGUCGUUUUGCAGCCCAAUCAAAGAUAUUUGCUUCAAAUAUCUGUCCAAAGAUAGGAGAUAUGAUACAAGGUCUAGCAACUCCUGUAGAAAUUAAAUUGAAAUUACUGAUUGUAUUUCAACAAAUGCAUCAUGAUGCUCAAACUACAUCUAUGAUAAGAAAUCUUUGUAUAGAACUUUUACCUAGUUAUUCUUGCUGGUUAUUCACAGUUGCAACAUUGCAUACAUUAACGCAACUGGCAGCAGAUUCUAUAAUCGAUAUUUCAGAACAGGUAGAAUUAUUGUUGAAAUAUCUUCAUGAGGAUCCUCGUCAAGAUGUGAAGUUUCAUGCUUUACAAGAUUUAAUGCAAUUAGCAGAAAAAGGUUCACAUCUUUGGUUACCAAAACAUUUAGAGAAAGUUGUGGAAUUUGCAUUAGAAACUCCAUAUUUAGGACUAAAAUGCAAAGCAAUAAAAGUAUUAGUUAUAUUAGCUUCAUCAUAUGCUGUUGAUAAAUUUGAGAUUUCUCCUGAUUGUAAAGUAUUGCAAUUGUGUGAAGAAUGCAUUUAUCAUAUAAAUGCUGAACUUGCUUCUGUUUCAAUAGAAUUCUUAACAUAUCUUGCAAUAUAUGUUUAUCAAGAGGAUGUUAUUUUAGAAGGCAUAGAUUUAUCACAAGAAGUUUCCAGUGCGAUUGAAUCAUUAUUGUUGAUAAUUUCUAGUGGGAAUGGUGGUUCCCAAUCUGAUGAUAAAGCACUUCAAAGAUGUCUUCGAUGCUCUGUAAAAUUAUGUGAAGUAAAUCCCGAUCUCUGUACUCAGUUUGUCGAUACAAUUGGAUCUCUUAUUGGGAAUUGUAUUGAUGAUUGUGUAAUACCAAUUUGUGAAACACUCUGUGCUCUUGGUAACAAAAGAGCUGGUGUUAUGAUGUAUUUACAACCAGAAUUAGUUAAUAUUAUUACACAAUACACCAAACCAUCUAAAUUGAAUAAUAAGAAAACUCAAGCAUUGGUAAUGAUGUGUACUCUACUAUUUCAAGCAAGCGUUGAUUAUUCUCGAAAAGGCCAAGAGUAUCAGUUAAUAAUGAAAGCUAUUAAUAGUUGUGAUCUUUGGUCAGCAUACAGAGUUGCAAGACAAGCAACAAGAUACGGACAUCAUGAAGUGGCUGCACAGAUUUUUUCACUGUUGUGUAAUAGAGUUAGUUCUGAACAUUUUCAUUUCUGGUUAAUGUCAUUAUGGGAAAUCAGUGAAGCAGAAAAUUGCCUUCAAAGAUGUAAAACCGGUACCAGUUUUCACGAAUCAUUAUCUCAAGCUAUCACACACUAUUCUAAAGCUGUUUCAGGACUAAAGGCAGCAACUUCUCCUCUUCAUUCUCUGCUUUUUCAAUGUGAAUACAUAAAACUAAGAAGUGAAUUUUUACAAGCUCAUCUUCAACUAUUAGAUUCAUCCUCAUGCAUUAAGACUUCCCCUCCACCGGCAAUAGCCGCUGCAGUUGCUAUUGCCGCAAGAGACGAGCUACAAAAAUCUGGUCGUGUGGUCACUCAAUUAAGAAAAUGUGCCAAAGAAUUUAGAGGUCUUGCAGAACAGUAUGGAGUAAUUUAUCAGUCAGUAUUUGAUGCUGAUCCCAAAACACUCAGCAAUAUCCAAAUAUUGCAACAAAGUUGUCUUUUAUCUGCUCAAGCAAUAGAAAGAUUAGUUCAACAUAAUCAUGGAUUAAGUUUAUCAACUGGCUUAACAAAUGAAGAUAUUUUAAAUAUAGAAUGCACUCAACAAACCUUAGAAAACCAAAAAAUUUUAGAUGCUUGUCGCCGUUCUUCUGUUUAUAUAAGAGAGAUUGGUUUUCAAGGAGAUUAUAGAAUUAUUGGCAGAAAGGAAAUUGAUAAUCUUUUACGUGUAAGCCACGAGUUAGCUCUUGUUCCUCUGUGUUUGCCUCGUUUAUUUUUCCAAACUCUUCAAUCUACUAGUAUCAAACUAGCCAUAUCUCCUCAACCUAAAGUAGCUGGAGAUCCAAUUUAUAUUUUAAAUACUGCACAUUUGGCAAUUAAAGUGGAAGGAGUAGUUCAGCAUGGAACACAACCGGGACUUUAUCGCAAGGUUUCAAAAGUUACUCUGUUUGUUUCUUCUGUCCUUCAGUCGAGAUCAAUAGCAACUUCAGAUAUUAAAGUGACCCAAGAAACAAAUAAUUCUAUGACACAAACGGUCACACCCCACAACGAUUAUUUUCAAGCUCAGUUUUUGUUAGCAUUUUCUGUACCCGGAUUACAUUUAGUCACGGUGGAAGCGACGGUUAUCGACGAGACGGAAGCACAAUGGAAAACCGGUCCAAAAAUGACACUUACCAUCAAAUCCCACGACGAUAACAGCAAUCAAAAAGCAUCUAGAAGCACUUUCGGAACAAGAUUUUAGAACAAAAUCAUUUUAUAAGUUUUGUAUGUUUAUACAUGUACAUAAAUAAAAUAAAUAUACAAUACAA